UUGUAAAAAUUAAUUUAUCCAAUAUUUAAUCACAAAUCAUCUUAUCACAAGUGCACACAAAUUAUACUUGACCGUUGUCAUAAACGGAUUCAUUACUCUAAGUGUGUUUUUGGCAACAUGAAGUACUCUCUGCUGGUGUUUUUGUCUUUGCUCGUUCUUGUGAAAUGCCACAAAUUCACAUCAACUUUGGGUCACAUCAAACCACAGGCCACAGAAAAUGACCAGACCGCUGCCGCUCUUGAUUUAAUAAAACGAAUUCUACCACAAAGAUAUGGAGACUUCGAAGUCAAAAUAGACGAGGAUUUAGGAGAAGGAAAAGACACAUUUAGGCUGGAAAAUAUCGACGGCAAAAUAAGAAUAACAGCAACAACUGGAGUGGUGGCAGCUGCAGGCUUCAACUAUUACCUGAAGUAUUACUGCAACAGUCACAUUGCUUGGGAGUUGAGCCUUGUAAACGUACCAGAAGUACUUCCCAAUGUCAACAAAACCAUUACAUUAAACGACAAAUUUCGGUACUAUCAAAACGUCUGCACCACCGGCUACAGCUUCACCUGGUGGAGUUGGGCGCAAUGGGAAAAGCACAUAGAUUGGAUGGCACUCAAUGGCUUCAACUUAGUUCUGGCAUUCAAUGGUCAAGAGGCGAUCUGGGAUAGAGUUUACCAGAAGCUGAACCUUACCAAAGAGGAUAUCGAUGAACAGUUUAGUGGACCAGCCUUCCUACCAUGGUUGCGAAUGGGAAAUUUAAGAGGAUGGGGCGGCCCCCUAUCGAGUGCCUGGCAUGAACGUUCUUUGCAGCUGCAAAAACUCAUCGUUUCCAGAAUGAGAAGCCUUGGGAUUAUUACUGUUUUGCCCGCAUUUGCUGGCCAUCUUCCUAGGGCAUUUAAAAGGUUGUAUCCUAAUGUAAAUAUGAUAAAAAUGAAUGUGUGGAACAACUUUAAUGACACAUAUUGUUGCCCGUACUUUUUGGAGCCUACUGAGGAACUGUUUAAUACAAUUGGAACAUUAUUUUUGCAAGAGCAAAUUUCUGAAUUUGGAACGGACCACGUUUACAAUUGUGACAGUUUUAAUGAAGUCGAUCCUUCCACAACAGAUCUGACGUACCUUUCAAAUGUUGGGAAGAGUAUUUUUAAAGCCAUGACGGAUGUGGAUAAGGAUGCAAUUUGGUUGAUGCAGGGUUGGCUUUUUGUGCACAGCUUUUUUUAUUGGACUCAUGCAAGAGCCAAAGCUCUUUUAACUUCUGUACCGAAAGGCAAAAUGAUAGUUUUGGAUCUGCAAUCAGAGGAGUUUCCGCAGUAUGAAAGACUUGAUCAGUAUUUUGGCCAGCCUUAUAUUUGGUGCAUGUUGCACAAUUUUGGAGGCACCCUUGGAAUGUUCGGAUCAGUCGAUAUCCUGAACCAGAGACCAAUAGAUGCACGAAAUAGUGAAAAUAGCACCAUGAUAGGUACGGGCAUUACAAUGGAAGGCAUCAACCAAAACUAUGUGAUUUACGAAUUCAUGAUUGAAAAUAUGUGGAGGCAGGAACCUGUUAACAAAUCUCAGUGGUUCAAUGAUUAUGCCAGGAGAAGAUACGGAAAAGACAAUGCUAUUGCUUCUAAAGCAUGGUCGAUCCUUAUGGACUCGGUUUAUAAUUUUAAAGGACUAGAGAGAAUAAGAGGUCAUUACGCAAUUACGAGGUCGCCAAGAAACAACAUUGAAACUUGGUCUUGGUACAAGUCUACAUAUUUGUAUUUAGCUUGGGAUUACAUGGUUGCAGCUGCAGAUGACUUAAAAGAGAGUCCAGGUUUUCUACACGACUUAGUUGAUAUCACCAGAGAAGUACUUCAAUCAAACGGUGAUCAUUACUAUAAUCAAAUGAAGCAAAACCUUGAAAAUAGAGAUUUGGAGUCUUUCAAUUUAACAGCCUCAAUAUUCAUGAGAAUUUUUGAUGAUAUGCAAGAUAUCUUGGGAAGCAGUCCUGAUUUUCUAUUAGGGAAGUGGAUUGAAGAUGCUAAGGCCUGUGCCAACGACUCUGAAGAGGAGAAACAGUUUGAAUACAACGCCAGGAAUCAGAUAACUCUCUGGGGACCUGAUGGAGAGAUUCUUGACUAUGCCAACAAACAAUGGGCAGGUGUCAUGUCUGAUUAUUUUGGGCCAAGGUGGCAACUUUUCGUUGAUUAUGCCGUGGAGGUGUUGAGCACAAAUUCAACGUUCAGCAACAGAUAUAUUCAAAAUAAAGUUUUCGUUGAGGUUGAGGAACCAUUUACUUUUGACACUAAGGAAGUACCUUCAGAACCUCAAGGUGACACCGUGGAGAUUGCCAAAAGGAUACACAACAGAUGGUGGAGGUUAUUGAAAGACGUAGAGAUUUAUGGAAGUGAGUCGCCGAAUAGAAGAAUUGGAGAAGUUAAAAAAGGCAACAGAUCCAGAUUAAGGCAGCAAAAGUGUUCCGAUGCAUCCCACAUAACGGUGCAGAGCUCGAGUGUCCCCCGAUCGACCGUCGGAUAAAACGAAUGCAGUCGCAACAAUAUCGACACAAAGCCACAGCCAGGUACUUUCUUUCACCUGGACCAUCAGCAUCCCAGCCGGUUUUUACUUUCUUCGCGAACGAUCGACUUCGUCAUAGUCUAAAAACGUGUAUUACAAGCCUGAGUCAGUGUUUUUC